AAGAAAUUAUAGACUGAAGAUAGGUUGGUGGAGAAAUCAUGAGCAUCAACAAGGAAAACGAGAACGGCGCCUACACGGCGACCACAACCACGACGCCGCGCGAAGAUGUCGAGCCGCAACUACCAGACGACCAAGUGACAACCCACAACGACAACGCAACGGGGCAAAGAAUGUCCGCAUUCAAGUCUCUGGGCUGGCUCGACCGCUACCUGGCCGUGUGGUGCUUCCUCGCCAUGGUCCUCGGCGUGCUGCUCGGCAACUUUGUGCCCGAGACGGGGCCAGCCCUGCAGAGGGGCAAGUUCGUCGGUGUCUCGAUCGCCAUCGCCAUCGGGCUGCUGGUCAUGAUGUACCCGAUCCUCUGCAAGGUCCGCUACGAGUCACUCCACAAGCUGUUUGCGCACCGCGGGGUCUGGAAACAGAUUGGGUUCAGCGUCGUGGUGAAUUGGAUCAUUGCUCCGCUCCUCAUGCUUGCCCUGGCUUGGGCUUUUCUCCCGGAUAGAAGCGAGCUGCGCAGUGGGCUGAUUAUGGUUGGGCUUGGAAGGUGUAUCGCUAUGGUCCUGAUCUGGACAAACUUGGCUGGUGGCGAUGAAGAAUACUGUGCAAUCCUAGUCGCCGUCAACUCGGUCCUGCAAAUGGUACUUUUUGCACCGCUAGCCGUCCUGUUCAUUGGAAUUAUCAGCCAGGAAACCCAAGGCCUCGACGCAAAGUACACCGUGGUGGCGACCAGCGUGGCCGUCUUCCUGGGCAUACCGUUCGGCGCCGCCGUGAUCACCCGCUUCGCCAUCCGCGCCACCCUAGGCCCGGAGUGGUUCGAAAAGGUGUUUUUGCGCUUCAUCUCGCCGUGGUCUCUUAUCGGCCUGCUGUACACAAUCGCAGUCCUGUUCGCCUCGCAGGGCAGGCAGGUCGUACAUCAGAUCGUUUCCGUGGUGCGCGUGGCCGCGCCGCUCACGGUGUACUUUUUCGUCAUAUUCUUCGCCACGCUGCUGGUCGCGCGGCGGUUCCGGUUUGGUUACGCCCUGGCGACCACGCAGAGCCUGACGGCUGCGAGCAACAAUUUCGAGCUUGCCAUCGCCGUCGCCGUCGCGACGUACGGGCCCGAGAGCGACCAAGCGCUGGCUGCUACCGUUGGUCCGCUGAUUGAGGUCCCUGUACUGUUGGCGUUGGUCUAUGCUGUGAAGUAUCUGGGCAAGCGAUGGGCGUGGAAAUAGCCGACACUUCGGUAAUGUGGACCGGUCUUGAUGGAUAUAAAGUAGAGCUGUAGGGGUUCCCCCAAAUAAUAGACCGCAUAUUUGAUCGUGAAUAGAGGAGGUCAGCCAGCUUCCUCCAUCAGCUGCAGUAACUUCGUAUUCCUCACGACGCAGCUCCCCGGACCAAUGCAACCCAACGCUUUGCGUAUCGAGACUUCACUUCCAUGCCCACGAACCUGCGCCAAGAUGACAGUUGCAUUAUCACAGGGUGUUUCCAACAUGGAGUGGAGUGGAGGCCGAGUAGCGGAGUCCGCAUCUGUAGAAGUCAGCCCGGCUGAUUGUCUCUGCUCGCCCACUACAGAAGCAUCCAUCACGGCCUGACCCCCUGCAACAUUUUGGGAAUGCGCAUUUGGGUUUGUUGGCCCAACAAGCGGCGGCUCUAUGGCACAAGAAUUUCUGGGUACAAGCUCCCCUGCGUGG